AUGAGGAGACAAGGGCUCGCGUGCGCCUGUGGCAUAGCGCUGCUCACUGUCGUUUUGGCCGGCGCUCGUGCUUCUGAUGCUGCUGCUGCUGGCGUGCUUGCUGCCACAGACGACCAGCCGUGCAGCUGCAGCGGGGAGACGCCCGCAGCAGCAGGCGUGACGGUGGCGGCCACGCAGCCGCCUCCUUCCAUUUCUGGCUUGUCCCCUGAGGGCGUAUACUUCAUCCCCGAGCCUCUCCCCACUGAAGAGACACAAGAAGCUUGCUUGAAGCAGCAGGAGCAGCAGAGUAAGCCGGAUCAACUGCAGCAACAGGAAGAACAGCAGCAGACUCAAGGCCCGCUCUGCUCAGUGGUUGACUCACAGGGCUGGGAGCACCCCUCUUCGUACACUGCCAGUAUCGUUUUUGCCCCCGUAAGAGCGACCCAUGCGAAGCCCCCACAAGAAGGCCCUCAUAUUGAACUUCCUGCCUCUGAAAGUUCCAAAAUAGCAGCAAAAGAAAGAGUGAGAGAGGGCCCCAAGACUGCCGACGAAAGGGUACCUGCUGCCGCCCACAGCCCCCGUCCCGAGAGCCCCGACACACUGCCUGAGCACAUAGAAGGUGUGUUCUCUGCUGCCCAGAAGGAGGUGCAGCAGCUGCUGGCAGCAGACAGCGAAAAGAGCAGCAGCAAGCGCGAAAGGGAGCACCAUCCGGAGAGCCUGUGCAGGCGGGGCCGGGCGCCGACGCAUGCAGAAAGGCGGCAGCAGUUUUUGCUGCAGUUCGGAGAAGACUAUUCACUCAAGGCAGAAGAAACUGCUCAGAAGCAGCUGCGAAGGCUAAAGGGAGAUAUCUACCUGGACUAUGCGGGCGCUGCCCCUUAUCAAGAGCAGCAGCUGCUGUCGGUCUUCAAGGAUUUGGGACUGCACGCGUUCGGCAAUGCUCACUCCCGCAAUCCCUCAGCGAAGCUGACAGAUGAGAGGACUCGAGAGGCCCGCGAGUUGACCCUGAAGUUUUUUGGUGCUGAGGAAAGUGACUUUGCAGUUGUCUUCACUUCGGGCGCCACUGCAGCUAUAAAGCUGGUUGGUGAGGACUUUCCCUUUAGUGGAAAGUCGAGUUUUUUCUAUUUAAGAAUAAAUCACAACUCCGUCUUGGGCGUUAGAGAACUUGCAUACGCCGCCGGAGUGGAGGCCGUAAGAGCGUUAUCAGAACGCGAGGUGAACUCGAUUUUGGCGGAGAGGGAAAAGGAAGGCUUGAAGACUGACUGGAGCGACAGCUCCUCCCACCCUUACUGUCUUUUUGGUUUUCCUCUUAAGGAUAACUUUAAUGGCACGUCAUACCCCGUUGGAUGGAUAGAAAAAAUCCACAAGUUCGGGCUUUCCGAUGGCUGUCGGUGGCUCGUCCUCCUUGAUGCAGCUGCUGCGGCGCCGACAACACGGAUUCAGUUGUCUGGAAAUGGGCUGGAGAAGGCUGCAGACUUUCUAGCGGUGUCCUUCUACAAAGUGUUCGGAUACCCCACAGGAUUGGGAGCUCUAGUGCUUAAACGCAGCGCCGCAGAUGUGCUCAAGAAGGUCUACUGGGGGGGAGGCAGUGUUUCGGGCUCUCUAUGCGACGCGCGGUGGCAAAAGCCGAAGAAGGACAUUUCUGCUCGCCUAGAAGACGGUACUGUCAACUUUCUUUCCAUUGCUGCCAUUAAGUAUGGCUUUGCAGCUCUCCAGGCUAUUGGAAUGGACCAAAUUGAACGGCACGUAGCGUCGCUGACUCGCCAUCUCUACCGAUCGCUGAAAUCUCUCCGUCACCGAAAUGGAGCUCCGUUUGUGCUUCUUUACUGGGGACGCACGGAGGAACCUUCCGGCGGAAUCGUGAAUUUCAAUCUGCUUAAGCCUGACGGUUCAUUUAUUCCAUUUGGAGAGGUUGAGGCCAGAACGGCUGCCGCAGGCAUUCAUCUGCGCACAGGAUGCUUCUGCAACCCUGGAGGCUGCCAGGAUUUCUUAGGACUAACUGGUGCCGAAAUUGUCAAUGCAACUCGCGUAAGAGAAAGUUGUUCAGACCCCAGUGGUGCCGUGCUCGUUCGUCCAUCUUCAGAUUUCGGUUGGAUUGGAUCUGGGCCACGGAUUCAUUCAAAGGCUGUUGGGUCUGUACGGAUUUCUUUAGGGUAUCUGAGCACGUUUGCUGAUGUAGACGGAUUGGUUGACUUUCUUGUGCAUGCAUUCCUGUGGCAGUAA